AUGUCUCUCAGUAGCAUUUACAUUUUCCUUGUUGGCUUUACUAAUUGUUUCUUUUUCGAAGUUUCUUGCUCAAAAUCUGAUUUCAGCUUGGACGGAGAUUACUUAUUGGGUGGCCUUUUCACUUUACAUGAAAUUGAACAAGCAACACCCCUGUUGUCCCCAGAGACCACUGAAUGUUUCAGGCACAGACCCUCAAAAUCUGGCUAUCAGAUGUUGCAAGUAAUGAGGUUUGCCGUGGAGGAGAUUAAUAACUCCACCACUCUUCUGCCCAAUGUUUCUUUGGGCUAUGACAUAUUUGACUAUUGUUCUAAUACAAAGAAUUUUCAUUCAGUCUUAAGUUUUAUCUCAAAUAAUGGAUCAAUAAAGCCUAAAGAAAAACUGAACAACCAUCAGCCUAAAGUGAUUGCUUUAACAGGGCCAUUUGAAAGCACACGAGCUAUUACUAUUGCAGAACUAUUCACAAUGGACCUUAUACCUAUGGUGAAUUAUGGAGCUUCUAGCAAUGCAUUAAACAACAAACUUAAGUAUCCUGCUUUUGUAAGAACAAUGCCUAGCAACAAAAACCUGAUAGAAAUGAUUAUUCAAAUCAUUCAAAGGUUUGGAUGGAACUGGGUUGCCUUUCUUGGUAGCCAAGGUGAUUACGGUUCAGACGGACUAAAGCUGUUUAACACGUAUAUAAGCAAUACUGGCAUUUGUUUGGGCUAUCAAGAGAUUCUACGCCUAAACGCAAACUACAUUCUAACACUUCAAAAGAUUGAAAUGCUCGAAAUCAAUGUCAUUGUUGUUUUUGCUCUGCCACAAUAUGCGAGCAAAAUUAUCAAAGCAGCCAUAGCAAACAACAUCCAAGACAAAGUAUGGAUUGCAAGUCAAGCAUGGGCUAUGAAUCAACAGCUUCCCAGAGAGCCAGGAAUUGGGAAAAUUGGCACAAUCAUUGGUAUUACGGAGAGAUUGUUGACAUUGCCUGGAUUUAACGAAUUUGUCUAUAAAGACAGGAGAUCAACUGUUGUCACCCAUAAUGAAGAGAGUGACAUCCAGAGUAAGACUAAGACAUGUAAUCAAGUUUGUGAUUACUGCACAUCGUGGACCGCAGAGGAGAUUAUAAAUGAAAAUCCCACAUCCUCUUUUGCCAUCUAUGCUGCCAUAUACACCAUAGCUCAUGCAUUACAUAAGGUUCUGCAGUGCGACACGAAUGGAUGCCGCAAAAACACAGUGGUAAAGCCAUACAUGCUAGUGGGAGAAAUUAAGAAGUUGAAUUUUCCACUCAAUGGUCGUCAGGUGAAAUAUGAUGAUAAUUAUGAUAUACCCAUCAAUUAUGCAGUUGUGCUCUGGCACACUGAUGUAAAUCAUCCACAGUUUGAGAUGGUGGGCACAUAUGAUACAUAUCCAGAAAUGACUUUAACAAUCAACAACUCUCUCCUGCCCUGGCAUAACAACGGUUCUGUUCCUUUCUCAAACUGCUCUGCUGAGUGCAAGGAGGGAUUUUCAAGGCAACCUGAAGGUUUUCAUAGUUGCUGUUUUACAUGUAAAAAAUGCCUGCCUAACAGCUAUGUGGAUUAUUCUCGGGACCCCUAUACCUGUUUUCCAUGUGCAGAGAAUGAAUGGUCUGAUGAAGGCAGCACAACAUGUAAGAGACGUUCUGUUGUCUAUCUUCAGUUCACAGAAAUCCCCUCAAUUGCUGUCAUGGUUUCUGCCAUAUGCAUAAUUAUUUUACUCAUUGCCAUAUUUAGCCUUUUCUACCACAAUUACAACACACCAGUGGUGAGGUCUGCUGGUGGUAGCAUGUGUCUUCUAAUGUUGAUAUGUUUGAUCUUGUCUAGCAUAAGUGCAUUAUUUUUCUUUGGAAAACCCACAUUUGCACAUUGCCUCCUGAGAAAGGUCAUAUUUACAUUUUUCUUCACUGUGUGUAUUUCCUGUUUAACUGUCCGUUCCUUUCAAAUUAUUUGUGUUUUUAAAAUGGCUGCUCAGUUCCCUAAGGUGCACAGCCUUUGGGUAAAGUACAAUGGACAGUGGCUCUUCAUUGCAUUUUCUUCUUCCAUUCAUUUAAUUUCUUGUGUGAUAUGGAUGACUGUCUCUCCUGGCAAACCCAUAAUUGACUCAUGGACUUUUAAAGAUCAAAUUAUGCUCAUCUGUGAAAUGGGGAACUCUAUAACAUUAACCAUAGCUGUGUUCAUAGGUUGGUUUCUUGGUUUCCUUUGUCUCCUGUUUUCUUACAUGGGAAGAGAUCUGCCAAAAAAUUACAAUGAGGCCAAACCAAUAACCUUCAGUCUCAUUUUGUACUAUCUUAGCUGGAUUGUGUACUUAACAGCAUACCUCUCUGUCAAAAGCAAGUAUGUCACCCUUUUGAAUGCAAUAGCCCAGAUAUCUAGUAUAAAUGGAAUUCUCUUUAGCUAUUUCAUACCAAAAUCUUACAUCAUAAUAUUCCAACCACAAAAGAACACUCCCGCAUACUUUCAAACAUCUAUUCAGAAUUACACCCAAACCAUUAGUAGGACUUAGACAUUAGUCUUUGUGUAUCUACCUUA